AUGAUACAAUCCGAGGUCUUCAUAUUCAACAUCGGCAAAGACAGCCGCAGAAGAAGUUUCUCAGUGCAUUCCAAAGUCGUCGCUGCAACAUCUUCGUAUUUUCGGGCGCUUGUGAAUAACGGCAUGGUGGAGUCGUGCACGAAGACAGUCGAGUAUCCUGAUGUUGAACCUGAAGACUUUGCCCGCUUUAUCGAGUAUGCAUAUCGCAAAGACUAUUGUGUCCCUACAUGGGUGCAUGAAAAAACGGAUGAGAAAGACAAGGCGUUGCCUUCUCCUCCACGCAGCUGGUUUGGCCAGCAUUCUUCAAUACCCCUCUCUGGCCAGCCUGCUCGACAAGCCAGAAUCGGCCUGCCUUCUCCAACGCCCCUCUUUGGCCAGCCUGCCCCACAAGCCGGGUUUGGCCAACCGUCUUCGAAAACCCUAUUUGAUCAAUCUUUACCAGAAAAAAAGAAAAAGCCCACAUUUGAAGGCGGGGAUGCUGUACGCGCUCAUUUUGACACACGCAGUUACCUCGCCGCAGAGGAUCCCAGGACAGUCAUGCUCGUGACCUUCGAGCCCAAGCACAACAUCGCACCCAAUCAGGAUUUCACACCAGUGUUCCUAGGACACGCACGGCUAUACACAUUUGCUUGUAUGCGUGGAGUCGAUCCGCUCAGACGCUUGACACUACACAAGCUCCACCGAACACUACUCGGCUUCCAGCUCUACUCGCGACGCGUAUGGGACAUUGUUGAGCUUGCAAGAUAUGCAUACAAUCAGGGUGAAGACAGAAAAGUCGACGGCACAAAGGACGAAUUGAGACAGCUAGUGCUCGAGUACAUUGUACGCGAAGUGACGGUUUUCGGAAAGCAUCCAGCCUUUCUACUUCUACUGGAGGAAGGCGGAGAGUUUGUCGUCGACUUUUGGAGUCUGGUGUCCAAGGAGAAGAUUUGA